AUAUAAAGGAGACACGAAGGCCCAGCGCUUCCUCCUCCUCCCAACGCCGCCGCCGCCGCCGCCGCCAUCGUCUUGCGCCCUCGUCGGCCGCCGCCCACGCGAGGAAACGAGCAUGGACACCCAGGUGAAGCUGGCUGUUGUGGUGAAGGUGAUGGGGCGUACCGGCUCCAGGGGUCAGGUGACCCAGGUGAGAGUCAAGUUCUUGGAUGACCAGAACCGUCUCAUCAUGAGGAACGUCAAGGGCCCGGUUCGAGAGGGCGACAUCCUCACCUUGCUCGAGUCCGAGAGGGAGGCCAGGAGGCUUCGCUGAACCUUCUUGCACGAAUUCAGACAUGUCUGUCGUACUGUGGUUGUCUGAUUGUCUUUGAGCUCUAGACCUGAUGACAAUCUCGCAUUUUUUGUUUUAUAUAACUGAGCUGAAUUUCACUUGAUGCAAUGUGACAUGGUUGUGCUCGAUAAUAUUAGCUGAAUUGAUGCAUGGAUUGGUUA